AUGCCAAAGAAUCCGUUGAGAGCAUUAGUGUCUCUUCUUUUGCAUUCAUUUGAUUCUUUCUUUCUUUCUUUCAUUAUCUAUCUAUCUAUCCGUUUCAAUUUAUUCAUCUCUCUCUAUCUAUAUAUCUAUCUAUCAAUUUCAAUCUUUUCCUUAUCUAUCUAUCUAUCUAUCUAUCUAUCUAUCCCAUUCAUUUCCUUAUCUAUCUAUCUAUCCGUUUCAAUUUAUUCAUCUCUCUCUAUCUAUAUAUCUAUCUAUCUAUCUAUCAAUUUCAAUCUUUUCCUUAUCUAUCUAUCUAUCUAUCUAUCUAUCUAUCUAUCUAUCUAUCUAUCCCAUUCAUUUCCUUAUCUAUCUAUCUAUCCGUUUCAAUUUAUUCAUCUCUCUCUAUCUAUAUAUCUAUCAAUUUCAAUCUUUUCCUUAUCUAUCUAUCUAUCUAUCUAUCUAUCUAUCUAUCUAUCCCAUUCAUUUCCUUAUCUAUCUAUCUAUCUAUCUAUCCGUUUCAAUUUAUUAAUCUCUCUCUAUCUAUAUAUCUAUCUAUCAAUUUCAAUCUUUUCUUUAUCUAUCUAUCUAUCUGUCUGUCUGUCUCAAGCUAUUCUUAACUACAUCUAUCUAUCUAUCUAUCUAUCUAUCUAUCUAUCUAUCUAUCUAUCUAUCUAUCUGUUUCAGUUUAUUCAUAUCUAUCUAUCUAUCUAUCUAUCUAUCUAUCUAUCUAUCUAUCUAUCUGUUUUAAUCUAUCUAUCUAUCUAUCUAUUUCAGUUUAUUCACAUCUAUCUGUUUCAAUUUAUUCAUAUCUAUCUAUCUAUCUAUCUAUCUUUUUCAAUUUAUUCAUCUAUCUCUCUCUAUCAAUUUCAGUCUGUUCCUUAUCUAUCUAUCUAUCUAUCUAUCUAUCUAUCUAUCAGUUUUAUUCUAUCUAUCUAUCAGUUUUAUUCUAUCUAUCUAUCUAUCUAUCUAUCUAUCUAUCUAUCUAUCUCAUUCAUUUCCUUAUCUAUCUAUCCUUUCAGAUCAUUUCCCGAUAUUGUGACGAAGAAAUCAAUGUCGCCAUUUUGA